ACCUAUAUGACGUGGAGCCUGAAGUUGUACAUGUCAUCAUUCAUUGCGUACAAGACGCAAUGAAAGCUUGUCUGAAAUGCUGGGAUGAAUGAUUUAUUGGGGAAAACUACAAUCUAAAGUAAGGGUUAUUUACCGAAGAAGACCAUUUUCCGGUGUCACGUUGUUUUGUGUCCGACCUCGGCAUCGGACAGGAAGCGGUGUUAAGCCAAACCUUUCCGACCUGAACCCUGAAGUGGUACAUAUCGUAGACAAAAUGAAAGCUUGUUGUCUGAAAUGCUAGGAUGGAUGAUAUAUGUGAUUUAUGGAAGUUGCUCUCAAAUGCGUCGAGACACGACGAGUCACGAUGGUAUUCUUAACGGAUCGUUUUUUACUCGCGUAGUUGGAACCGGAGGACUCGAGGCUUGUGUAUCGAUCGAUCCAAAGUCUAACUCACAAGAUUGGAGAAACUGAUCAACAAACACCUUGUUCAUCCAGUAUCAAAUCUACUAACUCCCGAAAUCAUGUCUCAAAUCCCGGUUUUGCCGCUUCUGAUCAACUGCAUGUUGUCGGCACUCGGGUGCUUGGCCACAAUAAAACUCAUCCCGGCGUUUAAAGACCAUUUCAUCGCUGCCAAGUUGUAUGGCAUUGACAUGAACAAAACAUCAAAAAAGCAAGUUCCAGAAUCCCAGGGUGUCAUCAGCGGAACCGUGUUUCUCAUCAUCCUCUUCUGCUUCAUCCCCGUGCCUUUCCUGAGCUGCCUUGUUGGGGACCAGUGCACAGUCUUUCCACACGACGAGUUUGUCCAGCUGAUUGGCGCUCUGUUAGCCAUUUGCUGCAUGAUUUUCCUGGGCUUUGCUGACGAUGUGCUAAACCUGCGAUGGAGGCACAAGCUGCUGCUGCCCACCAUCGCCUCCCUGCCACUGUUGAUGGUCUACUUCACCAACUUUGGAAACACUGUCAUCGUGGUGCCCAAGCCUUUCAGACUACUGCUAGGGCUCCACCUGGACCUAGGUAUUCUGUACUACGUUUACAUGGGCAUGCUGGCUGUGUUCUGCACCAACGCCAUCAACAUCUUGGCCGGGAUCAACGGCAUCGAGUCGGGACAAGCCCUCUUCAUCUCGGGCUCCAUCAUCCUCUUCAACCUGUUGGAGCUCCAUGGAGAUUAUGGAGACGACCACAUAUUCUCCCUUUACUUUAUGCUACCAUUCUUCUUCACCACGCUGGGACUUUUCUACCAUAACCGUUACCCGUCCUCUGUGUUCGUUGGAGACACCUUCUGCUACUUUGCGGGGAUGACCUUUGCGGUGGUCGGCAUCCUGGGACACUUCAGCAAAACCAUGCUGCUAUUCUUCAUCCCCCAGGUGGUCAACUUCAUCUACUCCCUGCCGCAGCUGUUCCACAUAAUCCCGUGUCCCCGACACCGGCUCCCCAGGUUGAAUCCCAGCACGGGCAAACUGGGAAUGAGCUACUCCAAAUUCAAAAGGAAGGAUCUCUCUAAAUUGGGAAAUCUUAUUCUGCAGGCGGCCGAGUUACUGAGGUUACUGGAGGUUCGCCGGGGUCAGGAGGAAGAUGAUGAGUUCAUAGAGUGCAACAACAUGACCCUAAUAAACCUGGUGCUGAAAAUACUGGGGCCCGUUCACGAGAGGAGCCUCACCACCAUAAUGCUGCUCCUACAAGUAUUCGGUAGUGCCGUGGCUUUUGGAAUCCGCUAUCAUCUGGUGCGGCUUUUCUAUGACGUGUAAACAAGACUGCAAGAACCCAGAGCCAUGACUGAGGACAUCCAGAAGAAGGAAGCUUAUUGACACUUUAAUGGAUUGGCCUGGCUGACGGAUAAUAAUAACAAUAUGCCUUUUGAUGUCGAUCCCAUUUCCUCACACCAACACCAUUCUGCCUCAGAGCAAAUCAACAAGGGGAACAUUUAUUUUAAGUCAAAUUUAAAUUUGGUAUGAGAGCAUAAACCAUGAAUAUGUUUACAGAAAGGGAUCUGCGGUUAUGGGUAUGAAUGUUUCUUAAGCUCUUCAUCAGAAAUAGCACACACACCCACCACUCAAACAGAGCUUGUCGUCAUGAUCAAUGUCCUGGGUUAUGCAUGUUGGAAGUUUUUGGCUUCUGAUAAGUUGGUCUAUAUCAUCAGGAUCUUUCUUCUGGUCGUUGCUCUGGAUGUUCCUCUAGUUUUCCGCUACAUCUUUAAGGAAAUCAAGCAUACAAAGGAAAAAUAAGCAUGUUGGUGUCCUUCAUUCAAGAAUGUACUAAAUCAGGUAUUUACUGAUUGAACAAUUACAUCAACAUUUGAUCAUUUCUAUGUCUUUUGGCAUUAUUAAAUGUCAAUCAGAUCACCCUGUGAUAUUCCAGACUUAGUUCAUUUAUCUAAACGAAAAUGCCAACCUUGUAUGAAAAGAAAACUGUUAAAGUGAGGGUCAAAUGAAGGGUGAUGUUGGGUUUUAAUGUAAUUCAGCUUUAUACGAAAGGCCAAAAGAAGGAUAGCGCAGGAACAUUUAAAGCUAGACUUUUGGUAUUUAUGAACAUUGUCGGAGAAAUCGCUUAUUUUUAUGAAAACGAGUAACUUGAAUGAAAUAAUAUUUUUAGUUUUUCUUUUCUUAGAACAGUUGGCCUCAAUGUGAAUUAUUUUUUGACACUGGACAAUUAAGCUUUUUCUUGGAAUGCUAUUAGUGUUCAAUAUUUACGUUUUCAAUGGGAUAGUGGUGCUGAAAAUUAAAUAAGUCCUACUCAA